UGAGGAACGCUUUGAUGCCGCCGAAGAAAAAGCGACACAGAACCGCGUGGAGCGAGGAAGAUUUCAGAUAGGAAUCAUUCUUAAAAGUCAUUCAUAAUCAGUGUUAACGAACAUAAGAGACUUUAAUUCGAAUUAUAAUGUCUCGUUACAUGAGACCGCCGAACAGCUCUCUGUUCGUCCGCAAUAUUUCCGACGAGUCCCGGCCAGAGGAUCUGCGCAGAGAGUUUGGCCGAUACGGGCCCGUCGCAGACGUCUACAUCCCCCUGGACUUCUACUCACGCCGGCCGCGAGGAUUCGCCUACAUUCACUGGUUCGAGGAUGUCCGGGACGCGGAGGACGCUCUGCUCAAUCUGGACAGGAAGUGGGUCUGUGGCCGUCAGAUCGAGAUCCAGUUUGCUCAGGGAGACCGCAAGACGCCGGGGCAGAUGAAAGCCAAGGAGCGUCAGUCUCCUCGCAGCUCACGAUAUGAGGACUACGAUCGACGCAGACGCUCGCGCAGCCGUGACAGACGCAGAUCACGCAGCCCGUCCUAUGACAGACGCCGUCGUCGGUCGCAGAGCCCUAGAGAGUCCAGAGGAAGAACACACCGCAGACGCAGCCCAGAACAUGACCGGUCCAGGCCAUCUGCACGUGACCGGAGCCGAAGCCCCACCCACUCCAAGAGCAGGGGCGGAGCUCAGUCACGCUCCAGGUCCAAGUCCAGCAGCCCGCGAGAAACCAGCCAACUCCACACAGAGAGUCCAGACGUCUCCGAGGAGAAGACGCAGACUCGCUCCAGGUCCAGGUCCAGAUCCCGAUCCCGAUCCCGCUCCCGCUCCUGGGCUGGACGCAAGUCCUGGGGGCACUAGAGCCCCUCCAAACCGUGGUUUGCGUGAAUGUCUGCGAGUGACAGCCAUCUGUCUAUAUCUUUUAAGGAGAGCAGAUCAGCACAAGCAUCUGUUAACGGCUGCAGAGAGUCAGCGCUGAUGUCUGUGCGCUUUAGUUUACAAGAGAGAUGAAAAUCGUCUCAAUAUUUUUGUAUGAGAUUUUUGUUUUAGUUGACCAGUAAUGGCCAUCCAUUUAAAAACGGUCUUCCAUGAGUGUCUCAGAUGUGUUUUAUUGUGAAAUUUGCAGGCCUUUUACAUGUAACCUCAGAAUGAAAUAAAUUUCUUGUGCAUCAGUA